GUCGCAACCUGACAAUCAUGCGACGGCAUGUGCGGACUCUCGCGAUGGCGCUGAUGCUGGCGGCGGUAGCGGCAUCGACGUCCAUCUACGACUUUACGCUGAAGACCGCGAACGGGGAAGACUACCCCCUCUCUAACUACGACCACACGCCCGUGAUCCUCGUCGUCAACGUCGCGAGCGAGUGCGGGUUCACUGACGUCAACUACCGCGCGUUGCAGAAAUACUACGACGAAUACCACCAAUACGGCUUUGAAAUCAUCGCAGUCCCGAGCAACCAAUUUGGCGCGCAAGAACCUGGAACGUACGACGACAUUGUCCAGUUUGCCACAACCACGUACAACGUCGAGUUUCAAAUCUUUGACAAGGUGGACGUGAACGGACCGACCGCCCAUCCGCUGUACACGUGGCUAAAAUCCAACGUCGACGACGGCCGCGACAUCGCGUGGAACUUUGAAAAGUUCUUCGUCGUCGACGGUCAGCCGUGGAAGCGCAUUGCGCACAACGUGAACCUCAACUCUCUCGAAGACGAGAUCCUGUACGCGCUGGCCCACGAAACGUCCUACCACGACGACGACCACGACGAGCUCUAAUCAACAUGGAACCAUUCCCUCGAAACGUCACAGAGGAUACUCCUUUGGCCCACCACAGCACUCUCUCUCCUACCCCACGUGACGUCCUCGAGCGAUGCAAACAAAUGGUCAGCCCUGCAGUUUCCAUGCCUCCCACGAUACUACAUCGGCAAACGACAUACAUUCCGUCGCUUCACUACAGUAUGUAUGAAAAUAGACAACUAGGUACAAGCCCAACCUGAACCAUGAAAAUUUUCGUCAUUGGCCGAUACUCCAGAGUAUGUUCCAAACCGGUACAGGUCCAACCGGAGAAAUCAUAGGUACUCACCACAAGGGGAAUACGGUAGUACUUACUACUGGUACGUUGUACUGCACUGGAUUUUACUGUUAACACACAUUGAAUCGACGUAACGUAUUUAUUUUAAGCUCUGAUUGGGCUAUAUACUUAAAAAUUCGAUUUCGAUGACAAAUACCAACUGAUUUGUAAUAGCAGAGUCUUAUUGGCCGUCAAAGUCCAAUUUAAGGUGUACGCGAAUUAGCCAAUCAAUUCCU